AUGACUUUAUCAAAUAAUACUCAUCAACCUCAUACAAAAAUAGAAGAGGAACUUCAUGCAAACGCUCAUAUUGAUUAUGAUCGUGUUGCAAUCAAAUGGAAUCCUUCUGUUGCUCAAUUAUAUGAAGAUGCCUUGAAAUAUGAAGAGGGAUCUGCCAUUUCUUCAAGUGGCGCUUUGGUAACUGCCUCUGGUAAUAAAACUGGUCGCUCUCCUAAAGAUAAACGUAUUGUCGAUGAGCCCGGUUCAACCAAGGAUAUUUGGUGGGGACCUGUAAAUACUAAAUUACCAGAAAGAGUUUUCCUUAUUAAUCGUGAACGAGCAGUUGAUUAUUUAAAUACACGCAAAAGAAUCUAUGUAUUUGAUGGUUUUGCUGGAUGGGAUCCUAAAUAUAGAAUUAAAGUUCGUGUUGUAUGUGCUCGUGCAUAUCACGCCUUAUUCAUGAGAAAUAUGUUGAUUCGUCCUACUCUUGAGGAACAAGAAAAUUAUGGUUCACCAGAUUUCACUAUUUACAACGCUGGUGCUUUUCCUGCGAAUCGUUAUACUACUGGUAUGACAUCAACAACCUCUGUUGAUAUUAAUUUUAAAUUAAAUGAAAUGGUGAUUUUAGGAACUGAAUAUGCUGGCGAAAUGAAAAAGGGAGUUUUCACAGUUAUGCAUUAUUUGAUGCCAGUAAAACAUAAUGUAUUGUCAUUACAUUCAUCUGCUAAUGAAGGCCCAGGUGGUGAUGUAUCAGUAUUUUUUGGAUUAUCUGGUACAGGAAAAACAACACUUUCAGCUGAUCCAAGCCGAUUUCUGAUUGGUGAUGACGAACAUUGUUGGUCUGACAACAAUGUCUUCAACGUAGAGGGUGGCUGUUACGCAAAAUGUAUAAAUCUAUCACCGGAAAAAGAACCCGAGAUUUUCAACGCAAUUCAGUUUGGUUCGGUAUUGGAGAAUGUUGUUUAUGAUGAAAAUACUCGUGUGGUCAAUUACGAUGAUAACUCAUUAACUGAAAAUACACGUUGUGCUUAUCCAAUUGAAUACAUUCCAAAUGCCAAGAUACCUUGCAUGUCAACUAGUCAUCCAAAAAACAUCAUUCUUUUGACUUGUGACGCUUAUGGUGUGAUCCCACCUGUAUCAAAACUUUCAUCAGCACAAGCAAUGUAUCAUUUUAUUUCCGGCUACACGGCGAAAAUAGCAGGCACAGAAGACGGAGUCACAGAACCUGAAGCAACAUUUUCUGCAUGUUUUGGUCAACCAUUCCUGGUCUUGCAUCCAGCUCGUUAUGCACAUAUGUUGGCAGAUAAAAUGGAACGACACAAAGCUGAUGCUUGGCUAGUUAAUACAGGAUGGAGUGGUGGGGCAUAUGGAGUUGGGGAAAGAAUUAAACUCAAGUAUUCCAGAGCUAUAAUUGACGCGAUCCAUAGCGGUGAGCUUGCAAACGCAACGUAUGAAAAUUACAAAGUAUUCAAUUUAAAGAUUCCAACAACAGUUACAGGGGUACCAUCCGAAAUAUUAAAUCCAGAAAACACUUGGAAGGGACCAAAAGAAGAAUUCGUAAAAACCAGAGAUUCGCUUGCUAAACAUUUCAUUGAAAAUUUUAAAAUUUAUCAAGAAGAGACUACACCAGAAGUUCUUGCUACUGGACCAAUUCUUGAAUAUAUCGAAUUUCCUGAGCCAUCAAAAUCUCGUACAACAGGUUAUCCGACAUGGCACCCUGAACUUAAAGGAAUUUGUUCAUAUCUUGGUUAUAGAUGGACAAAAAAUCGCCCGGAAAAUGAAUAUUUGAUUACACUUAUUUAUCAAUCAUCAACAACGUCAUCAGAUGAAUUAUCAUCAUUACCACCAGUAACAAGUCAAGAAUUUAAUAAAAUAUUAGAAGUUUACACAUACGUUACAUUCAUAGCAACAACUUUUGCUUCUAUUCUUGAUAUUGGGAAAUUAUGUGGAGUCUUUGCUUUAUUACAUAAUUCAAUUGAAUUUGUUAUUUUGGUGUUGAUUGGUUCUGGUGGAAAAAUUAAAUCUUUAGACUUUUAUCUUUGGUUAAUCAUUUAUACAUUAACAAUGGGUUAUUGUAUAAUUAUGUUUGAAUAUCCUGUUGAUGUGGUAUUUUUCAAAUUACAAGAAUUUUUUCGAAUUUAUUUUCAUACUGGUCAUGAAUUAAAAUUAAGAAAUAGAAUUUUGGGAGAUGAUAAUGAAGAUUUAGAGGAACUAACUGAAUCAGAAUUAAACCAAUAUUCGUAUUUACCAAAGAUAUUUUCACAUCCAAAUCAAUUAUGGUUGUUGAUAUUUGCUGCCAUCACUCAUAUUAUUGGAAAUAUAUUUAUAACACUUGAUGUUACAAGUUUAAACGCCAAUAUUUUGCAAGAUGAUGCUUGUAUGGGAGUUAAAAGAAAAAAAGAAAAAUUAAUUGAAGUGGGCAAUUAUAUAAGAAUAAAUAACUAUUCAAUACCAUGUUUGAAUGAUAGUUUAACUGAUUCAGAUUUGGAAGAUAAUGCAACUGAUGAUUUAAUUGCAAUUAUCGACCUUUCCCAAAUCCGGUAUAUAAAGGUUUCAUUAAUAUUGUAG